CCAAGACCAACCGAGACCAUAAAGUAGUAUCGUCUCGGAAAGUAGUGCAGUUUGGUGGCAAAACGAGUACGAUUUUGAUAAAAAUUGUGCAUUCAAAAUGCCUACCACCCCCAAAUUUGACGAACCAUGGAUGGACGAACUCGAUGGACAUAACUGUGUGAGUAGAGCUAUUAGUUUUGGAGCAAGAGGGGCGUUUGUAGGGGGUAUUUAUGGUGCGGCCUGGUCUGCGCUGAGAAUCCCAGAUCCUCAUCCCACUCCACUUAUCCUGCAGUCUUUCAUUCUGAUGAAGAACAAUUCAAUCCUUGUUGGUGGUGCAGCAAGUUUGUUUGCAUUAACAACAUGCACAGCAGCAUCAAUGAGAGAUAAAGAUGACCAUAUUAAUUGGGCCUUGGGAGGUGCUGCAAGUGGAGUACUGAUUGGAUUUAGCAAGAGCAGUUGGGGGUUGGGGUGUGGUCUGGCGACAGCAUUUGCCGCUGCUGGUGCUUUAGCCAAGUACUCUGGUGUGUACAAACAUCCCCUGCGCACUGACAGAGUCUAUGUCUGAAGAAACCCCCAGUGGCUCAUAAGAUACAUUUCCUUGAAGUGACUACAAGUUUUGAAUGUUAUUUGUGAAUAUAGCUUCUUACAAUUGAUCUUAAAUAACAUCUAGCUGUUGAGAACAUAAACUUGCAGCUAAAAUUGGGUUUCACAUGCAGUCUACUGUGAGAACAUGAGGAACAAAAGUUGUUAAGUGGCAAAGUUUCCGAGGAAUAAAACACUAUUUUGUCUAUUUUAUGCA